AUGUUAAAAACAGCAAAACAGACAAUAUGAAAAAACAAUCUUCUCGGAUGUUUUUUAAUAGACAUUUUUCAAAGUAUACAUCUAAGCUUCGUGGAAAAUUAAGUAGAAAUUUUAAAUCUUCGUUUAAAAGUACCGGGAAAUAUGAUGAGAGCUCAACUAAGUAUAAAUCUUACGUCGAAAAAGGUAAAAAUAAAAAGGAUAAGAAUAAGACUUGUUUGAAAUAUUCUUUGUGUAGUAUUGGCUUUAAAGACGAAGUUAAGAAAAAAAAACGAACAGUUAAAUGUAAGGAUUUGCCUGGUCCAGGUACUUACAACCAUAGAUUUGUAUAUGACGAGGCAUCUCGUUUGCGAAAAGAAGGAAAAGAUGUCGACGUAUUGUAUAAAGUUAAGACUAAAAAUGAAUCAACGUAUGUGAUCAACGGUGAGUUUAAGUGGAAAAAAAAAUUGACACCAAAUGAGAUUAGGCAACUUCGAAAAAAGUAUAGUGGUGCAAGUUGUACAACAAAACGUUCUAAGGCAAAAAAAUCACAAAAAAAGAACAAUAAGGCUAAUGAUGUUAUGACUAAACGCGUUGGUCAGUACCAACUAGUAAAUGAAGAAGAUGCAUUGCUCAUGGAAAAAUUGCAUAAACAACAAAAAUUAGACGAAGAAAAGAAAAGGAGAAUGGAUAAAAUAAACAAAAUCGAAAGAAUGAGACAAGAGAAAAUAGAAAGAGAAAAACUUGAGAAACUAAAACGAAGGGAACGCUCGAGAGAAGCAGCUAAAAGACUUAGAAUAAAUACACUUAAUAAAUUAAAAGAAACUAAUUUGUUAAGAGAAGAAGAACGGAAGAAAGAAGCGUUGAUAUUAAAAGAACUAGCAAAGAAGAAAGAAAAUAAAAAAAUGAUGGAGAAGGCGAAACUUGAAGAGGAAAAUAUCAAAUUAGAAGAAAUACAACGUCUACAACAAUUGAAAUUGCAAAAAUUAAAUACAAUAAAACAAAAGGUUAAUGUUGAAAAAGAUAAGCAAGGACUUUGCAACGAAAACUCAAAUGCAGCAGAAAAAUGUACUAAGAAUCUUAACGAUUGUGAGAAUCCAUCAAGGUGUGUUCAGGACCAUGCACUCAUUGAGCGGUGGGUACUUCGAAACGAUGAUGGUAUUAGUGCCAUGUCAUGGUUACGUCUUGUCACUCAUCGUACCAAUUGUUUGAAAGGUCAUGUGCAUAAGCAACUGAGGGAUGAAUGGUUACGUAUAGCUAUUGACACAGUUGUUGAUUGUAUGGUAAAAAAAAAAUGUUUACCUUGCAAUAAAAAACAUGAUUUUACUGAAAAUAUAUGUGAAAAACGGGAUUUUACCGAAAAAAAAUGCAAUAAGCAAGAUGACGAAAAAAUAUGUAAAAAGAAAAUAUGUCAGGUAUCUUCAAUUUGUAACCACUCAAAGCCAUUUAAUGUUCAUGCACCCAUAACUGUCAAUAUUGGUAAAUCUGCCAAAUGUAUAGAUAUUCCUGGUUCUGCGUAUUAUACAGCGGUAAAAAAGGAAGGAAAUUAUUAUCAAGUUAUGAACGUUAAUUUUAUGGCUAAAAUUUCCAAGCAUGAAACAGGUACACACAGUGUGACUUGUGUUGGUCAAGUUAAAAGCAAUAAUAAACAUAAUUUGGACAUCUCAAUUCUGUACAAGUGUUUACUAAACAGUAUAAAUCACGUCUUUGGAUAAAAAUUAAAUAUAACUGUUGAUAAUAUUCAAAAAAUAUCUGGUUUUUAUGUAACAAAUAAAUUUGCAGGCGAAAUUUAUUUGAAAAUUUAAAACUUAGAAUGAAAUUAUCAAUAAUAGAUAUUGAU